AAGAAGCUGCUGGAGUGUCUGCCCAAAUGUUCCUCUCUGCCCAAGGAGCGCCACCGCUGGAACACUAACGAGGAGAUUGCUGCCUAUCUCAUCACUUUUGAGAAACACGAUGAGUGGCUGACGACAUCGCCAAAGACCAGGCCUCAAAAUGGCUCCAUGAUCCUCUACAACCGCAAGAAGGUGAAGUACAGGAAGGAUGGAUACUGCUGGAAGAAGAGGAAAGACGGGAAGACCACCAGAGAGGACCACAUGAAGCUGAAGGUCCAGGGUGUGGAGUGUCUGUAUGGCUGCUACGUCCACUCCUCCAUCAUCCCCACCUUCCACCGUAGAUGCUAUUGGCUGCUGCAGAACCCAGACAUCGUGCUGGUGCACUACCUGAACGUUCCAGCGGUGGACGACAGCGGCAAGCCGUGUGGUCCUGUCCUCUGCUCCAUCAACACUGACAGGAAGGAGUGGGCCAAGUGGAGCAAGGAGGAACUCAUUGGACAACUCAAGCCCAUGUGUGCUGGAAGCAGCCUCCACCAGAAAUGCUCCAGUGUCAAGCAGCGCAUCAUCUCCUCCAAGCAGGAGUCGGGGGCGGCAGCGGGAGGUGGCACCACGGCUGGCACGGGAGCCACAGCAGCCCAUAGGUCCGAGGAAGCAGACGGCACAGAGGUUCAGAACAGCGACGUGUCGGAGGGCCAGACCGAGCCCAGCCCCGGAGGGCGCAGGAGCAGAGCGGGGGGAGGAGACCGGAGAAACGGCCGAAUAACCAAGCCCUCCCUGCUGCCGCAGAGUAGCAUGGAGGUGUCCUCCUCCACCUCCGCCAACCAGGUGGAAGUCCCCGACACCACCCAGAGUUCCCCGCUCUCGAUCACCAGCGACAUGGCCGACAGCCCGGCACUCGCUAUCGGCGCCGGCCUGUCACAGAGCACUGCUGUUUUCACGUCCGAGGUCACCACGCUGACAGGGGAUUCGGUUUAUUCAACCGGCCACACCCACCUGCUACCGCCCGCACACGAAAGCGCCGCCACCGGCAUCCUGUUGGCUGUCGCCCCUGAGAACCAGAGGUUUGCGUCGUUCCCCAGCGGGGUCGGCCUGGGAGAGGGAGCUGAGCUGGUUCUCACCAGCUCGCUAGACUCUGCUGGAGGAGUUAACCUUCCUGAGACUGCAAUGACCUUCGACCCCGACUGCUUCCUUAAUAACCCCAAGCAGGGCCAGACAUAUGGAGGAGGUGGAGGGAAGGCAGAGGGGUGUAACGGCAACGAUGGGGGAAUCCAGUGUUCAUCCAACGGAUUUGUCUACAACCCAUCCCUUGUCAACAACAUCAAGAAGGAAGCGACGCCGCUGGAGCAGCCCCUAGCCCCCCAGGGUAGUUAUGUGGGCGAGGGGACAGGCCUCAGCCCCAGCACCACCCUGGAGCAAAUGGACUUCAGCGCUGUGAUGUCAUCACCCUGCGUCCCAGGUCUAACCCAGUCUUCUCACCACCCUUCGCCCAAUCUCUUCCUCCAGGCCCCCGUGCACACCAACCAGACCAAUGGCACCGAGGAGUCGGACGAGUCCCAGUCCUACAUAAAUGUGCAUAGAGACACCCCCAUGACCAACGGGGAUCUGCACCCACACCUCCGCCAUAGCAGCCAAGACCCUCAGGCCCUUUGUGGACGCAGCGGAAAAGUGGGCCCUUACCCCCUCACCGGCCAGGACACGGACGUGGACCAGUCCAGUCAGGUGGCCGGCGGCACAGCUGCUGAGAACGGAGGAGAGUUGAUGCUCAAGUCUGGCGCCGCUCAUGACGCCUACGCGGACGCUGAGCACUACCUUCAAGCUCCAGAUGACAACGGCGGGGUGGAGGAUGGGGGAGCAGGAGGAAGCGGGGAGAACGAAAUUCUCUGUAACGGCGUGAGCUUGUCAACAGCUGGCGGCUCUGUGGUGGCCAGUCCUCAAUCCGUAGGUGCUGGCGCAAGCAUGGAGAGGGCGCUCUAUAAUUCCUCUCUCCCGCCACAAGGUGGAGGCCUUUCAGCUACGGGAGCGGCCAUCAGCCUGGAGGGUUUCGAGGCUUCAUUCGGGAGCCAGUUCUCUGAUCUCAUCAACGAUUUCAUCUCAGUGGAGGGCUCUGGGGGCGGGGUGGGGGCCACUGUCGCCGGGGUUUUGAUGCCCCAGGAGGGGGCGGUGGGCGAGGAGCAGGGCACUGGGACAGUCCACCUGCAGGGCUCGGAAGUGGAGCAAGGAGCCCUGGGAAUACUCCAGGAGAGCGGGAGGCUGUUUGGCGUGACAGACUACUCCCCAGAGUGGUCUUACCCAGAGGGGGGCGUGAAGGUGCUGAUCACAGGGCCCUGGUUGGAGUCCAGCAGCGACUACAGCUGUUUGUUUGACCACAUCAGCGUCCCUGCUGCCCUCAUCCAGCCUGGCGUACUGCGCUGCUACUGUCCAGCCCACGACACAGGACUGGUCAUGCUGCAGGUCUCCAUGGGCGGAGAGGUCAUCUCUUCUUCUGUGGUCUUUGAGUACAAGGCACGCGACCUUCCUGCCCUCCCAUCUUCUCAGCACGACUGGCUGUCUCUGGACGACACCCAGUUCAGGAUGUCCAUUCUGGAGCGUCUGGAGCAGAUGGAACAGAGGAUGGCCGACAUAACCAAUCAAAACCCCGGCUCAGAAACCAUGGCAACCAAAAGUGGAGGGCUGGAUGGAGGCGGAGCCGCUGAGCAGUCUCAAACCUCUGCGGACCACAGCUCCUUUGAAGGUCGGGUGGUGGUGGUGUGUGAGAAGAUGAUGUCGCAGCCCUGUUGGGUCUCGUCCAAUCAGCUGGUCCACAGUAAGAACUCCAGAGGGAUGACCUUGCUCCAUCUGGCCGCAGCACAGGGCUACGCUGGCCUCAUCCACACUCUCAUCCGCUGGCGAACCAAGCACGCUGACAGCAUCGACCUGGAGCUGGAGGUGGACCCUCUCAACGUGGACCACUUCUCCUGCACACCACUGAUGUGGGCGUGUGCUCUGGGUCACACCGAUGCGGCGCUGGUGCUGUACCAGUGGGACCCGCGGGCGUUGGCCAUCCCCGACUCUCUGGGACGCCUGCCGCUCAACAUCGCCAGAUCCCGGGGCCACACGCGAUUGGCUGAGCUCCUGGAGCAGCUGCAGCAGAGUCCUCAGGCUCAAGGCCAGGCCGUUGAUGCUUGGAUGGACCGCUGGAGAGAAGGUGCCGAGCUCGCCAGAAUAACCAACGCUCGCUCUUCCAACGCUAACCCUGAGCUAAGGAGAGCAAGGACAGAGAAUCAGUCCAACAACCAGUCCUGGAGCCAGGCAGGACUCAGAACCUCGCAGGCGACCCAGGGAGAGCAGACGGGUCCACCCCCGGCGAAGAGACUGAAAGCCAACCAGCAGCAACUUUCUAGCUCCGUCUCCAGCAACCUGAAAUCCCGCCUCAGUUCGAGCGCUCAGCCCUCCCCUCUGCACGCCCAACCUCCCCCCGACUGUCCCCGGCUCUCCGCCAGCGCCUCCUUCUCCCACCUGCAGGCCAGGGUCGGGGCACCAGCAGGGGGCGCCAGGUGGAGUCAGGGGCAGCGCAGCCUGGCCAGGAGGAUUGUGGGUAAAGAUCGACUGGCGGUCCACCUGCGCCAAAGAGUUGUGAGUGACAGGGGGGAGGAGCUGCUGACCUAUCAGGAGACCAGCCAGGACUUGCAGUUGGACGUCUCCAUGCUCGCUGAUCACAUCAUGGAGACGUCCGCCGCUGGACUUGAACACGGAACUAUGGAGACUGACACCGACUCUGGAAGACUUGGACUCAGCAGGGAUGUCAGAUUACUGGCUGCUUAUCUUGCUCAAGUGGAAAGGUUCCUGGAUGCCAAGCCCCAGACUCCUGGCCCUAAAGCAAGCUCUCACUCAGGGCCCGAGGCUAUGAAAGGAGAACGCUUGAAAACAGGCUCCUCCUCUUUUCUGGCCAUGACAGAAGCAGAGCAGAGAGCGCUGAACGAGACGGUCAGGAACGCUCUGCACUCCCUUCGAAAACACAAGGGUCCUAUUCAGGAGCAACGCAAGGAGAUUGCCUCAGUGAUCCAGCGCUGCUACAAGAGAUACAAGCAGUAUGCACUUUAUAAGAGGAUGACCCUGGCAGCCAUCCUGAUCCAGAGUCGUUUUCGGAGUUUUCACGAACAGAGGAAGUUCCAACAGAGUCGCAGAGCAGCAGUCCUCAUCCAGCAAUAUUACCGCUCCUACAGACACUCCCUCAGAGACCUUCUAACUAAAAAGCAGAACCAGGCUGCACGCAAGAUACUGAGGUUCCUGCUCCGAUGUCGCCACAGCCCCUUGAUGGACCCUCGGCCCCUGAAGCGGGGCAGACAUCUUUAUUUGGCAGCAGACAAGACAAGGUGUGCCCGCUGUGUGUCUCGACAGGGUCAGAGAGCAGAAAAGGGGUCCUGAGAGCCCGACGCCAGGCCCCGCCCACCACCCGCUCAGCCUGUGAGCCGUGGCCUCGCUCCUUCAUCCUCUCCAAACUUUGCUCCUUCCCGUCCCCGACAUCCUCGUCGCCGCCUCCUUGCCCCGCCUCCCGCCUUCUCCUGAGCGGGGAGAAAAGAAAGAGGAGGCGUCCAUCACGGCAGCUCAGACUGACCACGGCCGGCCCCCGGGCAUCUGGCUCCGCCCACAGCCACCCGGGAGGCCGUCACAUUAACCUCAUGGCAUUCUUUGCACUCUUCAUGGGUACGCAGGAGACCCGGCUGGCCAAGCCCAUGCAAACAUCCAAACAAUGCCCCGUCACACAAGAAGAAGAAGAAGAAGUCACUUCUCUGUUGCAUUUGCAUGCAAGAUGUCCCUCCUUUUAUUUGGCUUUCAUCCCCGAGACGCUCGUGACAACUCAUCAUCACCACCUGUCACCUGAUCAAAGGGGAGGAGCCACUUGAAUGUAGGAGGGGUCUGACUUCAUUUGUCCCUUGGCCAGCCUGGCGUGUGUGUGUGUGUGUGUGCGUGUGUGUGUGUGAGUGCGUGUGUGUGUGUGUGUGUGUGUGUGUGUGUGUGUGUGUGUGUGUGUGUGUGUGUGUGUGUGUUCCUGCAUGCUCCUGCAUGCUGGCUUUGGUGUGUUUCUUUUGUGGUGUGCUGGUGUCUCUCCUCUUUCUCCUCUCUCCUCUUUCUCCUCUCUCCUCUCUCCUCUUCCUCCUCUCUUCUCUCUCCUCUUUCUCCUCUCUCCUCUCUCCUCUCUCCUCCCGCCCUGCGUAAUGUGAACUGUGUACAAACAUUUGGGUGCUUUUCUUUUCAAAGAAAAAAAAAAAAGGUUUAUUUAUUUAAGGGUCCGAUUAAUUAUCCAUCGGCUCAAGACUGAUUCGAGGGGAACUGCACUUUUUUGGAGGAAUUUUGCCCAUCAUUCACAAUCUUAGUGGGAGACUUUUUAUGGACGCAUUGCAACCAGCAAAUAAAUGCUCACGAUGCUCUAUUCUACCUAUAAAGCGCUCUAAAAAAAAACCCUCCAUACACAUGCUGUGGUGUAAGUAUAUACAGUAUGUAUAGUAAGUAUAUAUGGAUAGUAACAGGCAUGUUCGUAAUGUUUACCUAUUUUGAUCGUUUUAAGCAUACGGCGGCACAUUCAAUUUAAGCAUACUUCAGGAGAGACAACAAACAUCAGAAAACAUCACCUACUGCGGGUGUCCAAAAAAAAAUCUGAUUAAUUGUGAUUCUUAUUUAUAACAAUUUUUUGAAAAUCGAUUUUAUUUAUUAUUUUUUUUAUUUCAUCUGUCCUCUGCAGCCACUCAGACAAAUCAUAUAGUUGCUGUAGAUGAUCUAUAUCCACUGUACACAUUUACUUUACAAAAAAUACUUCUCUUGUUGUCUUAUUUGUAUUUGACUUUAUUAAAUGUCUGGCUAGAAUUUGAUUAAACAAAACCAGUUUUCAUUAAAGUAAUGUAGAAAUGUAUCACAGCUGUUUAUCUCGUUCAUCCAGGACUGUAGUUCAUCAUAGAACUGGCCUCCGAUGUUAUUAAAACAUACUGAUGUUGAAUCGGGAAUCGUUUUGGCUCGAGAAUUUAUUCUAAAUCUAAUCGUUACCCCCAAGACCCUGAAUCGAAUCAUGUGGUGCCCAAAGGUCCACACGGCAAUCACUUACUGUACAAUGUCUGCUCUCACUGGGGUAUUACUGUUUAGAUGAAGAAUGACUCGUGAGGAAAAAAAUUGCGUGGAACCAAGCGUCUUUUCGGGUCUUUUUUUGCCAUUGGGGGGGUAUAAAUUGGAUGCCAAAGUUGACCAACUGGUUGGAUGAUGGUUUAUGGUUUGGGUUUAGUUACAGCAUGCAUACAACAUGAUACAUCACACAUGCAUACAUACAACAUGAUACAUCACAUGCAUGCAUACAACAUGAUACAUCACA